CUGGAAAGAAGCAAGCCAACUUUGACAGAGACUCCGUGGAGCAGCGCUACCUAACGGGGCAUCUGUGGCGUGGCGAAAGUGCGGCUGAGACUGGGCAGCUGCAUUUCCCCCAGAGCGCUCUAGCGCCCCGCAGCCUGCACCGAAGCGGAUGAAAACAAACACGAACGAUGGCGGCGCCGGGGAGCGACUGCUUGCGGGCUUAGGGCAGCACUGGUCGCUUGACGCGUGAAGGGGAAGCGCCGAGGGAAACCGGUCGACACCAGUCCGACAACUUGCUCGGUUUCGGGAGCCAGGAGCCUCGUGAACGUGAGGUGUUGACUAGUGAAAAAAAGGGACCCAGGGUUCACGGCUAUCUUCUUACUGGCAGUGGAACGACCUGUGGAAACCUGCGACUCAUUCUCAUUAAAUAAAUCUCUGGGUUCCGAUAGGCAAUGGAAACUGAUCUCAAUUCCCAGGACAGAAAGGACCUGGACAAGUUUAUUAAGUUUUUUGCCCUCAAGACUGUCCAAGUGAUUGUUCAGGCUCGACUUGGUGAAAAGAUUUGCACCCGUUCAUCUUCUUCCCCAACGGGUUCAGAUUGGUUCAAUUUAGCAAUCAAAGACAUCCCAGAAGUCACCCAUGAAGCAAAGAAGGCCCUGUCGGGACAGCUGCCUGCUGUGGGGCGAUCUAUGUGCGUGGAGAUCUCACUCAAGACUUCUGAGGGAGAUUCCAUGGAGUUGGAAAUUUGGUGUCUUGAAAUGAACGAAAAGUGUGACAAAGAAAUCAAAGUUUCCUACACUGUAUACAACAGACUGUCACUGCUGCUGAAAUCUCUUCUCGCUAUCACGAGGGUGACGCCAGCCUACAGACUCUCCAGGAAACAAGGGCAUGAGUAUGUAAUAUUGUACAGGAUUUACUUUGGGGAAGUUCAGCUGAAUGGCUUAGGAGAAGGCUUCCAGACAGUUCGAGUUGGAACAGUGGGCACCCCUGUUGGCACCAUCACUCUUUCCUGUGCUUAUAGAAUUAAUUUGGCAUUCAUGUCUACCAGGCAAUUUGAGAGGACCCCACCUAUCAUGGGGAUUAUCAUUGAUCACUUUGUUGACCGUCCCUAUCCUAGCUCCUCUCCUAUGCACCCGUGCAAUUACAGAACUGGUGAGGACGCUGGGGUCACAUACCCAUCAGUGGAAGACUCUCAGGAAGUGUGCACUACGUCUUUCUCUACAUCCCCUCCCUCCCAGUGUGUGUUUACUAUCACAAAGGCACAUUUUCAGACCCCUACUCCUGUGGUGAAGGACACUCUGAGGGUCCCCAUGGCAGGACUGGCCUUUUCCCAUCAACUCUCAAGCUCUCGCCUUUCCUAUCAGCCUGCUGUCCUGGGCCUUGGAUCAGCUGACCUGGCUUAUCCAGUAGUGUUUACUGCUGGCUUACACACUACACACACUCACCAGCUGAUGGUUCCUGGGAAGGAAGGUGGGGUACCUCUUGCUCCCAACCAGCCUGCUCACGGUACCCAGGCUGAUCAGGAGAGACUGGUGACCCACGUGCCUUCUGACGGGGCCCGCUGCGCUGCCACACCCUCCAGCAGUGAGGACACUGAGACUGUGUCUAACAGCAGUGAAGGACGGGCGUCACCCCAUGACGUAUUGGAGACUAUUUUUGUCCGAAAAGUGGGAGCAUUUGUCAACAAACCCGUUAACCAGGUGACCCUAACGAGUUUGGACAUACCCUUUGCCAUGUUUGCUCCCAAGAAUUUGGAGCUGGAGGAUGCUGAUCCUAUGGUGAAUCCCCCAGACUCCCCAGAGACCACAUCUCCCCUCCAUGGAAGCCUGCACUCAGAUGGCUCCAGCGGGGCCAGCAGUGGCCACACACAUGACGACUUUGUUAUGAUUGACUUUAAACCGGCAUUUUCUAAAGACGACGUUCUUCCAAUGGACUUGGGAACCUUUUACCGUGAGUUUCAGAAUCCUCCUCAGCUAAGCAGCCUCUCCAUAGAUAUCGGAGCCCAGUCUAUGGCGGAAGACUUGGACUCCUUGCCAGAGAAGCUGGCUGUGCAUGAGAAGAACGUCCGAGAAUUUGAUGCCUUUGUUGAAACCUUGCAGUGAAAGUGUUCCGAGUGUCUGCAGCACCCCCUUUCUGUGGACCCAGCAAAGAACCUCCUACUCAGCCGCUCCCAGCCUUCAGACUGUUUUCUGGCCAUGUGAAAAGCAGAGUGUUUCCCCUGUGGAACCUGAAAGUCCCUGCUCUUGGACCUGGAGACUCAUGGCAGCAGUCAGGCCCAGACUUGGGGUGGACUCUGCCUAUGGAGAUGGACGCUGGCUGUAAUGGAGCCUUAAUGGGGACUGGCCUUAGCUGCUUCACAAAGGGUGUCAUUGUUACUUCUGCUGCCAGCCUCCUGCCUGGGUCCAUCCUGCAUCUGGUCCCUGCCUGUGUGUCCUUACCAUCAAGCACCUGACAUUCCAGCUGGUGGCUGGGACACUGAACAUGGCACAAAGAGGAAGGAGACCAAGCAGGGCGAAGGAGGGCUCUGUGUCACCAGUACUUCCUGGACUACCCCACUCUCCCUCCUUUCUCCUCUUCCCUCUAUCUUUACUCACUCCCUCACUCCCUUCUCCCGUCUUUUCUUUCCUCUCCAUCCUCUACCCUCCAUCCCAUGUCCUCCUGGGCCUGUACUUUUGACAGUAUGACAAGCCCACCCACCUAAAAUGACAGGUAUUCCGAAGCCAUCCACCAUCUCCAUCAGCCAUCCAAAGGCUAUGCCAGCCUGUUUUUAGGGUUUAUUAUUGAGUCAUAGACAGGUUCUUUUCCUCCUCAUCUUUCCCUCAGUUGCUGCUGCUUGGAUAUAGGACUUGGUAAAUAUUUAUUACUUUCAGAAAAAUCAGAUAUUUUAUAGAAGAAAUAUGUUUGGGGUUAGCAGUUCCACUGGGGAAGGAAGAGGGUCUCUCUGGGAUGGAAGCCUCCUGUGAAGAUUCCUGCAAACCUGUGCUGCUGCUCUGAGGAUCUCCCCCUUGCAUCUAAGGAGAUAGUAGGAAAGGGGCUGGCAAGGGCUAAGUAGCCCCCUCUAGCUGCGCGUGUGGAACUGCACUGAUGUCAGGCUUCCCCCGUGCACUCCGUGCUCCUGCUGAGCAUGCUUUCUUGACAGUGUCUGCAGAGUGACUAGUUGUUCUAGUGGCCUGGGAAGUUUCCGGUAUGUUCAGUAUGAUGACUCCUCAGUUGUGUUGCACUGUGUGUUCUGCUGCUCCAGUCCCUGAGCCUGGAGCAGGACUGGGGAGCUGUUCCUCCCACCCCCUAAUUCCAGAGUCUAUACAUGGCCCUGGGUUACAAGCUGGAUUGGUUCCCUUUUAAGAAGCCAAAGCUGGGCUUAUGGUUGACUUUAACCUUCAGGUAUUGUUGCUUGAGUAGUCAAGUGCCUCUGGCAGCCUGCCCUGUUCCUCUGGUCCCUGAAUCCUCACUGGCAGCAGCUGUUACUCAUUGGAGCAGGUGGCUCUCAACUGCUUGUUAGUAACUUGCAUGUAACACUGGAGCCUUUCCCCUGUGCAUGCUUUUGCUGCCACAGAGAAACGUGCCCAGCAGUGGUGGCCAAAUGGCACUGCAGCCUUUGGAUCAGGGGCAUAUUCACGGCGCAUUCAUGAACCAGAUUUGCCUCGCAGAAUCAACACUGUCGGGGUGAGGGCACAGAUUUUUUUUUGGCAGGGCUUAGCCAGUGGCCCCUGCAGGCAGCAGCUUUGUGUCCCUGACCCUAUUAGGGAAGAGGCCAGGGACGGUGAGCAGAGCAUCCUUCAAAAUAGCCUGUGCCGUCAGCCCUGCACAAUGGAAGAAGAGAUGGGGCUCUAGAGCAACUUCUGCAGCCAGGCUCAGGCUGGGACCAGAUGACUGUGAGGUCCCUCCUCCAGUGCUUUGUUGGGAAAUGAGAGCUACACUUGGAAAUAUAAUCAAGAAAUUUCCAAUAAAAGUUUUCUGUACUUUA